CUGUUCCCAAACAUUGUUAAAUUUACAGAGACGGGUGUUGUGUGGAUAUCAGGGAAGAAAGAGUAUCCUGGUCGUUAAUAUUUCAUAAUGCAGUUCAUAACUAUUGUGAUUUAGUGGAUAAUUCGACCAUGGCUGGUGGUGUUGAUGAUGACGAGUACGGUGAGGAUAGUGCCACAGUGGAUCAGCCUAUCACUCCAUGGACUAUCUCCGUUGCUAGUGGGUAUUCGUUGAUGCGUGAUUCACGUCACAACAAAGGGCUUGCCUUCACUGAGAAAGAGAGGGAUGCACAUUACUUGCGUGGCCUUCUUCCCCCCGUUGUUCUCAGCCAGGAGCUCCAGGAGAAGAAGAUGAUGAACAUCAUUCGCCAAUAUACGGUUCCUUUGCAUCGAUACAUGGCGAUGAUCGAUCUCCAGGAGAGGAAUGAACGACUGUUUUACAAGCUUCUCGUCAAUAACGUGGAGGAACUGCUCCCGAUUGUGUACACUCCGACUUUUGGCGAGGCUUGCCAAAAAUUUGGCAGCAUUUUCAAGCACCCUCAGGGUCUUUACAUCAGUCUGAAAGAGAAGGGCAAGAUUCUAGAAAUACUGAAGAACUGGACUGAGAGAACAGUUCAAGUCAUUGUUGUGACCGAUGGUGAGCGAAUUUUGGGACUCGGGGAUCUUGGUUGCCAGGGAAUGGGAAUACCUGUAGGAAAACUCUCUCUAUACACAGCUCUCGGUGGAGUCUGUCCCUCGCUAUGCUUGCCUGUUACUAUCGGUGUCGGGACAAACAACGAGAAGUUGUUAAAUGACGAAUUUUACAUGGGGCUCAGGCAAAAGAGGGCAACAGGAAAGGAAUAUGCUGACCUUCUACAAGAGUUCAUGUGUGCAAUUAAACCGAAUUAUGGAGAGAAAAUUCUAAUACAGCUCGAAGAUUUUGCAAACCACAAUGCAUUUGAACUGUUAGCAAGAUACAGUUCUACUCAUCUCUUUUUCAACGACGAUAUACAGGGUACAGCAGCUGUGGUGCUGGCUGGCCUUCUUUCUGCCCUGAGAUUACUCGGUGGAACUCUCGCCGACCAUACGUUCUUGUUCCUCGGUGCUGGCGAGGCCGGAACUGGUAUAGCUGACCUCAUAGCACUUGAGAUCUCAGAGCAGAACGGAAAACCGAUCGAGGAGAACCGCAAGAAGAUUUGGCUUGUAGACUAAAGGUAC